UUGCUUCUUCAGAGUCGGAUUUGCCAGAAGAGAUCUGAGAAGAAGAAAAGUCGUGCUAUCUUUCAUGCACAUGACAUUGCAGAGCUAUAUGUAUUUUUCCUAAUUCACGUGGCGCUGCAACGCAUAUUGCGCGGAUCUCAGCGCUUUCUCAAUCGAUUCAACUCUUCGUACCCAUCUUCGACGAAGGCCUUUGUCGCAACAGAGCGAAGCCUGAGCACUGCCCCACUUAAAAAUGCGAAGAGGUCGCAGCUGAUUCAACGAUCAGUGCUUCUUCGCUAUGCGGACACCGAUCCACUCAUCAUAUUUUCCGCACACGGGCAUUACGACUAUAUCACCGUUAUUCUUUCUUCCUAUGGAUAUUUAAUGCGUCGGCUUUUCUGUCGCUUAUUCGAUGAGCAGCUCCGAGAACUGAUUCCUGCGUUUGAGACCCGUGUUUUUCCCGAGUUCAUAGUUCGAUGCCCGGCAAGCGACAGUGCGCGAUUUGUUGCCGUGUCGUUGAAUCCGGACGACAAAAUUGUAAUAGGAGACAUGCACGAUAUAGAACAACCAAGAAUAGGCAGCGAAGCGUUCUUUAGUGUGUGCUUGGCGCCACUAUGGGGAAGCGCUCCUAAAUGGUUAAUGCUCAUUGAGUUUAUCGAGUACUACAGGCUUCAGGGUGCAGAAUAUUUCUAUAUCUAUAAGCACGAUUGUGACAACAUUACUCAAAGUAUAUUGGAUAGUUAUGAGAAGGAAGGUACUGUAGAGGUAGUGGAAAUCGCUGACGUCACCAAUUGCGUGGGAAGACACAGAUGUCGCCACCAAAUUCAGCUUCAGGUGGGCUAA